AUGACAUAUCCCUUUGAGUACUUGAAGACCGGCUUACAACUGCAGCCCAAGGGUACCGCUUUUGAGAUUAUUUUGCCCCAGACCAAGUCUUAUUUCGUGGGGUGCUCCGCUCUGAACCUGGCAGCAUUUGGUAAGACCAUAUUAAGGUUCAUAACUUUUGACAAGCUAUGCCACUCUCUGAAUAACAACGUUGACAACAAUGAUAACUUCCAGAGACUGACGGGUCCGAACCUGCUGGUUGCCGGUACAUUGACAGGUAUAGCGGAGAGUUUAUUUAUUAUUCCUUUUGAAAACAUAAAGACCACUAUGAUUCAAUCAGCAAUGGUCGAUUAUGAAAAGUUGGAGAAGGCCCAGCCCCAAACUGGCGUAAAGCCCACUUUCCAUAAACCGACCAUCAAGGCAGCCCAUGUGGGUCGUGUGGAAAAGCUGUUUCCCACAGUGAAACACAUGUAUAGAACAAGAGGCCUUUCAGCGUUCGUCCAGGGAACAACCCCCACUAUAUUCAGGCAAAUAGCUAAUACUUCUAUUCAAUUUACUGCGUACACAGCAUUCAAACGGCUUCUACAAGGAAGAAACGAUAAUACGUCGUUCGCAAUAACGGGGCUAGCCACGUCCUUUACACUUGUGGCAAUGACUCAACCCAUUGAUGUCGUAAAGACAAGAAUGAUGAGUCAGAAUGCCAAGACCGAAUACAAGAAUACAUUAAACUGUAUGUAUAGAAUAUUUGUCCAAGAGGGCAUGGCCACGUUCUGGAGAGGCUCCAUUUUCAGAUUUAUGAAAGUUGGUAUCUCUGGAGGGUUAACGUUCGCUGUUUAUGAACAAGUCAGUUUGUUACUUGGCUUCUCCUCUAGGUCUUGA